AUGCCUGGCCAGCGACAGCAAGGCUGCCGCUCCCUCCACAUAAACGAAGACAACGGCCGCUUCUUGCUGCUCGCGGUCUUGAUUAUUCUGUAUCUGCUGUGCGGUGCCGCAGUGUUUUCCGUUAUAGAGCGGCCUUCGGAGGUGCAGGCGCAUGACAGAUGGAACAGGACACUUUUCAACUUCAGCGAGACGUUCAACAUCAGCUUGGAGGAUCUGAACUCUUUUCUACGGGAGUACGAGACAGCUAUUGCCGCGGGGAUCCGAGCUGACGCUCUCAGGCCGCGAUGGGAUUUUACAGGGGCUUUUUACUUUGUUGGGACUGUGGUGUCAACUAUUGGUUUCGGGAUGUCCACUCCGGUGACGGUAGCAGGGAAGGUGUUCCUGAUCUUCUAUGGUCUCCUUGGCUGCGCCGCCACCAUCUUGUUCUUUAACCUCUUCCUGGAACGCAUUAUCACCCUCCUGGCCGUGGUCAUGAAGGCCGUGAGGGAACGGCGCAUCCGGAACUCCGGCCUCCUCCCGCCGGGUAUCCGCCAUGACUUCUCGGCGUGUUCUUUCCCGGGGUGGAAGCCGUCUGUCUACCACGUCAUGUUGAUCCUGGGGCUGUCUGCCAUCAUCAUCUCCUGCUGCGCCUCAGCCAUGUACACCCCUGUGGAGGGAUGGGCCUACCUGGACUCACUCUACUUCUGUUUCGUCACAUUUAGCACCAUUGGCUUUGGGGACCUAGUGUCAAGCCAGAGAGCGGACUAUGAGUACCAGCCGCUGUACCGUCUGGCUAACUGCCUGUUCAUCCUCAUGGGCGUGUGCUGCAUCUACUCUCUGUUCAACGUCAUCUCCAUCGUCAUCAAACAGGUGCUCAACUGGAUGCUUCAGAACCUGUGCUGCCAGCGGUGCAACAUCAGGUCAAACUCUUUCCCGUUGGGACGCCGCAACGCCAUCCGGCCCGGGUCGAGAAUCCGUAAGGGCCGCUUCGGAAUCAGACGCCCACCGGACUCUGGGGAUUCGGGGCCCUGCGACAGCGACACGGAGGGGGGAGGACGCAGACUCUCUGGAGAGAUGAUUUCAAUGAAGGACCUGACGGCCUCGAAUAAGGUCUCACUGGCACUCAUGCAGAAGCAGUUAUCAGAGUCCGCUAACGGUUAUCCCAGGACGGUGUGUGGGGGCUCGAGACAUAACGGGUUCUCUGGAGGAGUGGGCGCUCUGGGGAUCAUGAACAACAGACUGGCAGAGACCAGCAACUCCAGGUAGACCUGUGUAGUGUUUCUCAACUUCUGGUCCAUGGAUAGGCGCUGGUCCGUGAGAUGUGGACUUUCGGUCGGUGAGAUGAUUGACUGACUUAAUGUUUGCAGUCCCUCACAGAGUAAAGACCAUAGCUUGUCAGUCUCUGACACAAGAGAGACCUGCUGGUCUCUCAGAUAAUAAAAAGGUUGGUAUGAAAGGUUGAGAAACACUGGAGUAGAUGCCUGCAGGGUGGUAGAGAAUGUGCUUAAGGAGACUGAGACUGAUGGGGAGAGAAACUGAGAGGAGUUUUAUGGUCUUAUGUGAUUAACUUUAUUUGCUAUCACUCUUGUCAUGCUUGAUUAUGUCUUGUUGUUCAAUGGAAGAGCAUAAUGAUAUGCAUGAAACUGUUGGACAUUUUUGGGGAUGGAAUCAACAUCCUGUGAUGAUGAUGAUGAUGACGAUGAUGAUGGGACAGUUGGAAUGAUACUAUGGGAAGGAAAGGAACCUUCUUGUAACUGUGCUUUUGAAGGUCAAAACACUUGAGACAACCAUGGAGGAAUUAGUAUAACAUGAGGCCAUAAGCCGACAUAUUGCUCUCUUUGACUCGAAGCCAGAAAGAACAUUUUCACUGAUAUACCAUUGGCAAUCUUCAAAAGAAUUAGUUAGCCAUACCUGAGUAAAUCUCUGAGGCUGUGAGUAUCAAACGUCUCCGAAGAAUUAGUUAGCCAUAUGUAGCAAACGUCUCAGAUAAGACGUGCUGAUCUAGGAUCAGUUUAGCCUUUUAGAUCAAAUUGAAUACAAUGAACAGGAGGGACCUGAUUCUAGAUCAGCACUCCUUCUCCAAGAUGCGUGAUACAUACUGCCCCAGAUCAAUGUGACUUCUACAGCAUACUGUACUGGAAGAGGCAACUCUGUGCGAUCAUUACGACAUUAUCAUCAUCAUCGCUUUGGAGCUUUUUCACUAAGUAUGUCAUUUAUAAGUAGGUUUGAAUGUAUAGGUUGAGUUGGUACUGUACCUAUCAUUUCAACACAAAGAUAACUACAGUAUGAUAUAGUACAUAUAUAGCUAUGCAUUCCAUGUCUCAUUGUGAAGAACAAUAGGAACUCAUCAACAUAUCAGAUCCAUUUACAGACCAGGCCUGAAGUAUGGAAGCUGAACCAUAGAGAGCAUAACGUGACCUUAGUGAUAGCAAACCUAGUCUCUACCAUAGAAAUAGAAUGACUAGAAUGAACAUUCAAGCCAUUCAUGUCAAUGCUCUGUGAUGUAUGGACCGGCAACCAUAUUGAUUGUGCCUAUGCGAGGAAGCACAAGCAACAAGUCAUAAUAUUACAAUGGUCUCCACCAAUCAUCUUGUACUAGUCUAAUCUUAAGCUCAGGUGACUGAUUAUUGUGGGGGAAGAGGAGACUGGUUCAGCACGUCCCAAAUCGCUUGAAAGGUGGAAGCAAUAUGGUGGAAGCUCCAACACUAUAUAUACUGCUUAUACCUGCCCAGACCCUUCGGAUAGAUCUGCAAAUGUUGAGGGGUUAGGGACAAGGGGGAAAGGUAAGAACAUAAUUCAGACUGGCUGGUGUUGUAUCGGGUUGAUGCUACUGCUGUAGUGUGUGAUGUAGCCUGCAACCCCAGCUCAGUUAUGUCAGUCAGUUCAGUGAGCUCCUAGUUAGAGAUUCAGCACUGAGCCUGACUGCAGGGCUUCAAACAGUCAUUUCCUAUUUCUCAAGAUGGAUGAGUGCAGAGAAGAGAGAGAGGGAGAGAGCGAGGGAGAGGUGGGAGAGGUGGGAGAGGAAGGGAAUGAAAGUCGAGGGCCUCCUAGGAAGGUAACUAGGGUUCUUAUCAGCUCAGAACAUGUUUUAGGGCAGAGUGUUUGACUUACUUUAUGGGUGUAUGCCGGC